AUGAACGCACAGGUAAAAUACAAAACCUUCCAAAGAAAAGAGCUUCCAGGACAGUUGGAACGUGACUACCAAAGAACUUCUUUUAUCCGUAGCAGUCUCCAGGACCCGCGUCGAGGCGCAGAACCCGUUAUCGACAAGCUGCCUCAGCGGCCAUCUUGGGAUCCGCCGCACGCCGCCCUAAUCGGCCUGCCGAGCAUCGGCCAAGCUCCCCGGCAAGUCCAUCAGCCGCACCAUCCGGCAGUACGCCGCCCUAAUCGGCCUGCUGAGCAUCGACCACGUUCUUCGACAAGUCCAUCAGCCUUAAUCGGUCGGCCGACCCUCGACCAAGAUCCCCGGCAAGUCCAUCAGCCGCAUCCGGCAGCACGACGUCCUAAUCGGCCUGCUGACCAUCGUCCCCGAGCCCCGCCAAGCCCAUCAGUCGCAGCACGCCGUCCUAAGCGGCCUGCCAACCAGCGACCACCUUCGCCGGCACACCACCGUACGAAAUCGGCCCUACAACGAUCCCCGGCAAGUUCGAAUCGGCGCCACCGCGAUCUCCGGCAAGUCCAUUCACCGAACCAUCCGGCACUCCGCCAUCUAAUUCAGCUGGCCAAGAUCAGCGAUCGCCAUCUCCGGCACCUUGCCGAAGGAACCGUCUACAGAAAAGGCCUUAUCGAACCUCGCCGCGAAUCAGCAAUGCUAGCCAACGAGACAGCAAGUCAGCAACAAAAGCCAGCGUUCGCAUCACAGCAACAGCAACAACAGCAGCAACAAUAA